CAGAAAAUGGCAUUAUUCUAUGAAGCAACUACAAGUGGCCUCAAUUUCGACCGUUUUACUGAAGAUUUAUUUGGGGAUUCAACAAAAAUGCGUAUGAAACAAGCUUUUUGGUCAGCAAAGCAAUUAUUGAGAGAAAAAAUGGGAAAACGUGAAGAUGAACAUAUUUUGGCUGCAGAUGCUGAAUUGGAUUUAAAUUUACAACAAUUUUAUCAAAUUAAAGAAAGCACAAAAAGGCUUUUGGAUUCUAAGAGUAAAUUACAUAGAGAGGUUUGCUUUGAUGUUUUUAAAUGCUCUUUUGGACUUUUGAGAUAG